UCGCGUGUCGUCACAGCCAGCACUCAUAAACAUCGCGUUCCCAGUCUGCUUCGAAGCGUCACGCCGCUCCGAACGAGCGACGAAGACGGUCGAUAUUUUUGGAGAGUUCUUUUUGUUCCGAAUUUUUUGACAUUUUCUCCGGGAAACGGGUCUACUUCGUUAUCGACCAAGAACCGACGAAGAAAACAUGGCUACAUGCGCGGCGUAGAGCUUAGCAGCGCCUGCUUAGUUCUAAAUCUGAAUAAGCGCGAGCGCCACGGAAGAGGAACAAGGAAAAGUCGAAGUAGUUUAAAGCGCCAGUUUAGCAAAGAUUUAUACGCGCUGCUCGACUUUUAAUCAACCCUUCGAGGCCUUCUCCCCUCGGUAGACAUUUGCUAAUCUUAGACGGGGGUUGAAAUGGACCGGGGCGGCUGUCAGAUGAGCGGAGGAGGAGGCGGCGGCGGCGAAGGCAGCGGGAUCGACCGGAAUGGGGUGAUCACGCUGGAAGACCUGGAGUCCUUCACGGAAGACCAGCUAUCAGACUCGGGCAAUGGCAGCCUCGAAGAUGGGGAAGCCAUGGAGGAAGAAGACGGCUCGGACCGACUGCUCCACUACUGGCAGGAGGUGGCGAGGGGACACCAAGUGGAAGUUUCCCAAGACAUGGCAGAGCCCAUCCAGCAGCUAAGCAGCAACAACCACGGACGCAGCAACAGAGAACAAGUCCCUUUUACGCUUCUCUCACGCAAAGAAAAGUGUGGAGAGCUGCUAUACGAGAAGCGACAGUAUGAAAAGGGCCACUGGGCUUGCAUAACAAUGCAUGAGGACACUUAUGAACAGAGCAUCUGCUACGGUUUCAUGAGGAUAAUGCGAUACAUCUGCCAGCAGAACUCUAUAGGCAACUACCUUGGCAUGACGCUGCCCAUCGUGACGGUGGUUCGUACAAACGAGAACCAGUCCGUGAUCUCCAACGACGUCACGGUGGCGUAUUACCUUCCUGCUGAACAUCAGGCCCAGCCCCCACAGCCCUACGACAGCGACAUAGUCAUAGAAGUCUGGCCUGCGUCUACUGUAUACACAAGGCCCUUCACCGGUCCCACCAAUGAAGUGACCAUCGUGAAUCAGAUCAGCGCCAUGGCCGAGCUGCUGGACUCCCCCGAUCUGUGCGAAAACAACUCCUUCAUUGUGGCUGGCUACACCAACCCCGCUCACAGCAACCGUCAGAACGAGAUCUGGUUCCUGGAGCGGCGCUGAGAGCGCCUGCAGCCUCUACCCAUGAUCCUCUGAGCCUCAUGAACUCUUAACACUGCCCCAGCUCAGCUACAGCCUCAGGUGCAACACCUUCAGUCACCGUCUCUACCUGUAAUGACCACCAGCCUAGCAGACUCCAGUCGAUGAGUUUUGACAAAAAAAAAAAAGUCACCCUUUAGUGCAGCAUCAACCUUUUUUCUGUGCAUUUUGAUAGCUCCUCCCACUGGAAGAACCAAACCGAACGACUGCCAUACAAGGGUGAAGCACUGCAUUCACUGUUGCUUUGAGUUGGCUUAAAACCAGCACCCUUUAGUGAAAACACGUGAUUGUUGUAGCUGUUAGCACUCUGAGCGGUGUCUAAAUAACUGUCCGUCUCUGAGGCAGCCAAACCGCGCUCCAGGCCUCCUCGUUGCACAAAGUCUAGUGCGUGACGCCAUCACCAUGCAGGUGAUUUCAUUUUUGCUUCACACUUUAUCUGUGGUUUCCAGAGUCCACUACAGGUCUGUACGAUGCCCAUCACACUGCAUAUUGUCGUAGCUGUAAGUGCAAUAUUCAUCAGUGGUGACCAACAGCAGCGGCGUCUGGGCCGCUAAGCUAGCCCGGCGCUGGUGCUGAUUUUUGGGGGUUACACAGAGCAGAUGUGUAACAAUUCUUCACAGUCAAAGAGAAAGUGUCUUUAAACACAAUAUAAGCUCAACAACCAGGGGUUUAGAAAGCUGAUAACUAUGAACGUAGCGGCUCAUAAAUGAAUGUAAAGCGGCGGUGCAUCAUAUUUCUACAAACCAAAAGCUGAAAACUCAGAUUUCUAUUGCUGAGUGACAAUCAAAAACGAACGAUAUAGUUUGUGGUGCAAAGUGAUGCAUUCCUCGUGUUUCUAGAUCCUCUUCACACAGACACUUGCCAGAGUAUUCUUCUUUAUGCUCCUUUUUCCCUUGCUAUUGUGUCAGUGAGGAGCAGUGUACUGCAAACACUACUGCAAUCAUGAAAAGACAUAGAGCACAGAGGAUAUUUACUGUGAUUGUAGAAUUUUAAUAAAAAGUUGUGUUUUAGUUGAAGCUUUUUCAUGAGCUGUUGUCAAGUCAGAGAGGGGCGUUUCUUUCUAAAAUACCAGUUGAUUGAAAACAAUUUAAUAGGAGGUUAUAUCAGGAAGUUUGAGAUCCGGAUUAAGUUUGAAUGUUUUUAAGACAACGGAAGCCUGGAAGGUGAAAUGAAAUCAAAGGCAAACGUCACGUGAAAGGAGAAAUCUGAAGUCAGCUUAAGGCUAAAACCCCCUUCUAAUCCUUUUCUAUUUUUGACUAUUUAAAAAAAUAAAAAGGAAGUUUUAAAUGUUUCCUUCACCAAAAACAAUUUUAUUUUAAAUAAAAGUGGAUGUUUGUGGGAAAACCUACAAAGCUGUCUAUUCAUUGUUUUUUUUUCCCCCCGUUAAAAGAACGCUCAUAUGAAAUCUUUUGAGUCUGUCCUUUUUAUUUUUUUUUGAAUAUUGUAACAUACUGUGAUACUGUAAGAGCAACAACUGAGUGCUACAGCGGUUUUCUUUGUUCAAUAAAAAUGUGCUUGUCCCCUGACCUAAAAA